CAAAUAAUUUGAGCAAAGGAAGGAUAAAGAACGCUGAACAUCAGCUUCAACCAUGCUGAUAUCGAGCUUAGUUCAGUUCAGCAGGUUAUCUCCUUUUAAGGAGAUAACGAUAGAUGACGGAUGGGAUCAGCUCAACAGGAGUUUCAUGUUCGUCUUGAUGGUGAUCUGCGGCACUAUCGUCACCGUCCGACAGCACACAGGAAACAUAAUCUCCUGUAACGGGUUCACCAAGUACGACGGUUCCUUCUCCGAGGAUUACUGUUGGACUCAGGGACUCUACACGAUUCGCGAGGCCUACCACGUCAGUUCCAAGCACGUGCCUUAUCCCGGUGUCGUCCCCGAGGAAAUUCCACUCUGUCUAGGAGAGAACUGUGACCAGCUGGGACCAGGCGCUCAAACAACCCGUGUCUACCACUUGUGGUACCAGUGGAUUCCUUUCUACUUCUGGCUCGCUUCCGCCGCUUUCUUCCUCCCUUAUCUCAUCUACAAGAGGUACGGGUUCGGUGAUAUCAAGCCUUUAAUCCACAUGUUAUACAACCCCCUGGACGGUGACGAAGGUGUCAAGGCUGACUCUGAGAAGGCCUCUAUCUGGAUAUACCACCGUUUCUCUAUCUACAUGAACGAACACUCCAUGUACGCUAACUUUAUGGAAAGACACGGAAUCGGCAUACUCGUUAUUGGCAUCAAAGUGGCUUACCUGAUUAUCUCUGUCCUGCUUAUGGUGAUGACCGCUAUGAUGUUCGAGUUGGGUGAUUUUAAACAGUACGGAAUUGUGUGGGCCCAACAAUGGCCUAAUCCUCCAGCCAACGUUACUGGAAUCAAGGAUCUCCUUUUCCCCAAGAUGGUGGCUUGUGAGAUUAAGAGAUGGGGCCCCACUGGUCUCGAGGACGAGAAUGGCAUGUGUGUCUUGGCUCCCAACGUCAUCAACCAGUACAUCUUCCUCAUCUUAUGGUGGUCUCUUGUGUUCACUAUCGUCUCUAACGUCUUCAACGUGUUGGCUGGAGUUAUCCGAGUUGUCUUCAUCUACGGUUCAUACCGUCGUAUGUUGGCCAGUGCUUUCCUCAGAGACGAUCCUCAUUAUAAGAAGGUAUACUACAAGGUAGGAUCCUCCGGUCGGACCAUCUUGAACGUCCUGGCUGCCUCCAUUUCUCCCACAUGCUUCCAGGAGAUCAUGAACAACGUGUGUCCGCGUCUCAUCCGUGCUCACGUGUCCAAGAAGGGCAGGAACCUAGGCGAUGACCCCCUCCUGUAGUAAGGACUCUCUCAGGUAGAAAUAAGCUCCUUCAUCAGGAUGCUCAAUGUGUGACGUCAUAAUGACGCCAUUUAUGUAUCAGAGGUUUGUUUGGGCUGGCGUGUAGGCAACGUCCGCACCUCGUCGAGUGGGCCGCAUUUUACAAAACUCAGAAUCAGAUUUACGUAGCUAAGUCGGGUGGGCCGUAAGUCCACCCGAUUCGCCAGAAUUAGGAACCGAGAACGGAUGUGGGAUUGAGGCUACCAGUCCUGGGGAAUUUUUGUGAACAAUUUGGAUAGGAUCAGACCUCUAAUUAAUGUAGAAUCACUGUUUAUAGGGGCCUUGGGAGACUAAAACUCAUAACUUGUACUUGUAGACAGAGACUAAAUCUUGAAACUUGAUCUGGAAUCGACAAAACUUACGACUUGAAAAUCAAGCAAUUAUUUUACAAUAAAAACUCCUCAUUGCCGUUUUAUGACUUGACAGUAAUUCAGUACUCUAAAUUGGUUGAUAUUGUUGUUCGUCGGGUGGCUGUGCUCGUUACAGCACGGCCGUGCACACUUCUGAACGAAUGGCGAUAUUUACAACCCUGACCAACAAUUAAUGAUAUUUUAACUUGGGGACGCGAAUAACGUGUAAGUUUUGUAUUUUGACUGUGUGAAAUCAACGUGUCGGGUAAUACUGUGGCAACCCUAUUUGGUUGGUUAAUUAGUUAAUCGGUUAAUUAAUUAAUUAAUCAAUUAGUGAACUGUCCAGUGGUGGACCAGACCGAAAGUAUAGAAAUACAAUGAUUUUUUAAAUCUAUGAAUUUUUGAUCUGUUGAUCGGUAUCAAUAUUGACGGAUUUUGUGUAGAAUUUUUGGCUCAUCACUCUAAAUACUUACCUUGUACUCAAAGCAUGGAACAAUAAUGAUCAUUUAGAAGUAAAUUCGGGCAUAUUGAUAAACCUUAAUUGCAAACGUUUUCGAUCGAAAAAUUUUUAACGAUAUUUUUUACUUAUUUUUAGACUACCGAUUGUUAGUUGAUGAGAUUUUUUGCGCCCUUUCUUUCCGUUUUAAAAUAAAAUCAGAUAGUAUGCUAUGGAAAAUGUAAUUGCUGUUAUGCGUUGAAUAACUUUUAGGGAUCUAGUGCUUUUUAUUAAGCUGGUGUCCCCAAAAAUUGCUUUUCAAACAAACAUGAACAGUUAGUAUUUAUUUUCCAAUAUCAAUAUUGAUAACAUCUUAACUUACAAAAGUUAUUUUAGAAAUAUGAAGAUCAGCCAGUUUUAAAGAUUAUCUUGUACCUAAUAAUAUAAGUAAACUCGAAAGAGACGCCAGAUUUAAUCCGUUAUAUAUUAUAAUUUCUAUUGAA